AUGGCACCAGCUCAAAACCCAAUCAGUUCGAAACACGUGGCAGUGAUCGGAGCCGGAGCAGCUGGUCUUGUAGCGGCCAGGGAGCUCCGUCGUGAAGGUCAGUCCGUUGUAGUCUUUGACCGGGAGAAGCAAGUGGGAGGUCUCUGGAUUUACUCACCUAAAACCGAUUCCGACCCGCUUAGCCUCGACCCGACCCGAUCCAUAGUCCACACGAGCCUCUACGAGUCUCUCCGAACCAACAUCCCGAGAGAAUGUAUGGGUUUCACGGACUACCCCUUUGUGCCAAGUGAUGACGUUUCAAGAGACCCGAGACGUUAUCCGAGUCACAAGGAAGUUCUUGCGUACCUUCAAGACUUUGCUAAAGAGUUUAAGAUAGAGAAGAUGGUUCGGUUCGAGACCGAGGUGGUUCGGGUUGAACCGGUUAACGGAAAAUGGAGUGUCCGGUCUAAAAAUUCCGGCGGUUUCUCCGAGGAGGAAAUCUUUGACGCAGUCGUUGUUUGCAGUGGUCACUAUACAGAGCCUAACCUUGCUCAUAUUCCUGGGAUAGAAUCAUGGCCUGGAAAACAAAUUCAUAGUCACAAUUACCGAGUUCCUGAUCCAUUCAAAGAUGAGGUGGUUGUAGUGAUCGGAAAUUUUGCGAGUGGGGCCGAUAUUAGUAGAGACAUAUGUAAAGUCGCAAAUGAAGUUCAUAUCGCAUCUAGAGCGAGUGGACCUGAUACAUACGAAAAGCUUCCCAGACAUAUAAACAAUCUUUGGAUGCAUUCUCAGAUAGACAUUGUACGCGAGGAUGGUUCGAUUGUUUUCCAAAAUGGAAAGAUGGUAUAUGCCGAUACCAUCGUGCAUUGUACCGGGUAUAAGUAUUACUUUCCAUUUCUUGAAACCAAUGGUUACAUUAACAUUGAUGACAACUGCAUUGAUCCUCUCUACAAACAUAUCUUUCCACCCGCGCUUGCUCCCGGACUUUCUUUUAUCGGUUUACCAGCAAUGGGUCUACAAUUUUAUAUGUUUGAAGUCCAAAGCAAAUGGGUGGCUGCAGUUUUAUCUGAACGAGUUACACUUCCUUCGAUAGACAAUAUGAUGGAAGAUCUUAGAUUGUCAUAUGAAAACCUUGAGGCGUUAAAUUUUCCCAAAAGAUACAUGCAUAGAUUGGGUAGAAUUCAGUGUGAAUACCUCAAUUGGAUCACAGAACAAUGUGGAUUUCCACAUGUUGAACACUGGAGAGAUCAAGAAGUAGUCCAGGGUUACAAGAGACUUAUGUUUCAGCCGGAGACUUUCCGUGAGGAAUGGGACGACGAUGAUCUCAUGAAAGAAGCUUACGAGGAUUUCGCUAGGAAAAAUUUGAUCAGCUUUCACCCUUCGCGUUUCCUUGAAACCAAGAGUUGA